UUCUAAACAUGAAAUGUAUAUGAAAUUUCAUUGUCUUUUCUUAAGUUGUUCAUUUGCGGGAAAACUCAAAUGUAUCCUUUAUGGUAACGGAUUAUAUAAAUUAAUAUUUAUAAAAAUUUGUACACCACUUUUUUUUACAAAAUAUGUUGAGAAUCGUUAAAUGUGGUGUUUUCAUAUCUCAUAGUUGGAAUAUUAACGUUUGUCAUAAUGCAAAGUCUAUAAGAACAUUUAGCCAAAAAUUUGUAAAAACUGAGUAUUCAAGGAGAAUAUUUUCUGGCAUUCAACCUACUGGUAAUAUUCAUUUAGGAAAUUAUCUAGGUGCAAUACAGAAGUGGGUAGAGUUACAAAAUUCAGAAAAAAUAGUUAUAUGGAGUAUUGCAGAUAUGCAUUCUAUUACAUUACCCUAUAACCCUGUCACAUUGAAAGAUAAUAUUUUUAAAGUAACAGCCACAUUACUGGCAUGUGGAAUAGAUCCACAGAAAAGCAUAUUAUUUCAACAAUCAGAUGUUUCUAUGCAUUCAGAAUUAUGUUGGAUACUUGGUUGUAUUACUACCAUGGCUAGGCUUGGACAUUUGCCGCAAUUCAAAGAAAAAAGUCAAACCUUGAAGACUAUUCCUUUAGGAUUAUAUAUUUAUCCUGUUUUACAAGCAGCGGAUAUAUUGCUUUAUAGAGCUACAGAUGUACCAGUUGGCCAAGAUCAAGCACAACAUAUACAAUUAGCACAGGAUUUAGCAGACUCUUUUAAUAAAAGGUAUGGAAAUACUUUUCCAAUACCACGGAGCCUUAUUUGUGAUGAUCCAAGUCAAAGAAUAAAAUCACUAAGAGAUCCUUUAAAAAAAAUGUCCAAAUCGGAUAAAGAUCUCAAAAGUAGGUUGGAUUUAACAGAUAAACCAGAUGUGCUGUUAGAAAAAGUUAAAAAGGCCAUAACCGACUUCACAUCUGAAGUAAAUUAUGAACCUGAAACACGACCAGGUGUUUCCAAUUUAAUUGCUAUUCAUUCUUUGCUUACUGGAAAAUCACCCGAAGAGAUUUGUAAAGAUGCACAAGGUUUGGAUACUGGAAAAUAUAAAUUGGUAUUAGCAGAUGUGAUAAUAGAGAAGCUAAAACCAAUUCAGGAAGAGAUAUUUAGAUUAUUAAACGAACAAUUGUAUUUGAAUGAAGUUUUAAAGAUAGGUUCACAAAAAGCAAUAGAACUUGCAUUUGAUUGUUAUUCCGAUGUAAAGAAUAAAAUAGGGUUUGAAAGGGAUGAAGGAAAAGGAAAAGAAAAGACAAAAUAUACUAUUGUACAUUGAUUACGUAUAAUUAAAGCUGGUAAAUCUUGAAAAGGAUAUAUUUGUUUCACAACUGGUAUUAUCUAUAAAAUAUACUUUUAACAUGAAUAUUUAUUUGUAUAUCAUGUUUAACUAUAGAAUGAAAAUGAUCUAAUAGAAAUGUACCUGUCCACAUUCAACAAAAUCAUGAAGCAUACUCAUGCCUGUUUCUGAUGGUACAAAAAAGCCCCAUUUUACAGAACCUUUGUUAUUAGACUUUGGAAUAUUAUAUUUAAAUAUGUCACCAAGAUUUUUAAAAGUUCCAGCAAUUAAUCCCAACUGAUCAAUAUUUUUUAAUAAUGGAGAAUUGAGUGUUAUAUAAGUAUAAUAUGGGUAACCCUUUGAAUUUAUUAAGUCUGGUCCUUGAUUGGAGCAAUCCAAAAUUAUAUCAUAUCUGCAAGUAAAAUUUAUUUAUAUAAUUGAUGAUAGCUAUUGAUAAAAUGUUGAGAAGUGAAAUAUUACAAAUUAAAUGAUAUUAAAUUACAUACG